AUUUACCUCAAAUUCAAAUCUGAAUAUUUGCAAUUGACUCUUGAGAGAGAGAGCUAUUUCCUACCGGAGUUAUAUGAUCUCACUGUUUCUGGCAGCAAUUUAGAUCUCUGUGCGAAACCAUGGAUGGAGUUGCUGCUGCAAUCGAAGUUGUUGUUCAAAACCUGAUCAACGUUUUGAAGGAAGAGUACUCUUUGAUUCGAGGUCUCGAUGGAGAUGCCCAACAGCUGCAGCGGACUUUGGGGAUGAUUCAAGCCUUCUUGAAUGACGCUGAGAAGAAAUCCAUCACCCAAGAUGCUGUUAAAUUCUGGUUGAGGGACCUUGAAGCCGUGGCUUUCGAUGCUGAUAAUGUCUUGGACGAACUCAGCUAUCAUCUUCUACACAAAAAAGUGAAGAAAAUGAUGAAACUCAAGGAUAGGGCGGCAUCAUACUUCUCUUCAUUUAAUCGUAGUUCGCGUCGACGUAAUAUGGCUCAUGCAAUUAAAAAAAUUAAUGCGGAGUUUGAGUCUAUGAUCAAAAUGGCAACAAAUGUUGGCCUUCAAAGCAUAAUUCAGAAUGCACCUGUUGUUGCUUCUCAUACUUCCAUUGAGACUAAUUCGAUCAGGAGUGAUCCUAUCUUUGUCGGAAGAGAUGAUGAUGUGUCUAAUGUAGUUGACAUGCUCACCUAUAUCCCUCGUGAUCAGAUCAUCUCCAUCGUUGCUCUUGUCGGAAUGGGAGGUAUGGGGAAGACCACGUUGACUCGGAAAGUCUUCAAUCAUGAAAGGCUAAAGACAUUCGGAUCGCGUAUUUGGGUUCAUGUUUCCCAAAAUUUUGAUCCAAUUGGUGUUUACAACAAAAUCCAUUCAACAUUGGCUUCAACUGCCACUGAUAGAGUUGAGCGAUUUGAGCAUGAGGAAGUUAUCCUGAACAAGCUUCGAGAAGCUCUCAGGGCUAAAACUUAUCUUCUUGUUCUUGACGAUGUAUGGAAUGAAGAUGUUCCGAGAUGGGAAGACUUUAUAAAUAAUAUGAAGGGGGCUUCUUCUACUGUGGGAAAUGGCAUUAUAAUCACUACUAGGAGUAAAAAGGUUGCUUCAAUUGUUAAUCCAUUUCAUAUACAUCGAGUGAAUGGCUUAUCAGAUGAACAAUGCUGGUCCAUUAUCAAAGCAAAAGCUUUUAAUGGAAAUGCAGAAGUUCCAUCAGGAUUUGAGACAAUUGGGAAAGAGAUUGCAAAAAGAUGUCAAGGUUUGCCCUUGGCUGCCAAUGUGGCUGGGGGUGUGCUUCAUCGCUCUAAAUCCGAACAAGAUUGGCACUCCAUCAAAGAAAAUUGGAUUUUAGAUGGUGAAGGAGGUGAAAACAUCACAACAAUAUUGAAAUUGAGCUUUUAUCACCUGUCUUCACCUUCACUUAAGAAAUGUUUCGCUUAUUUUUCGAUUUUCCCCAAAGGUUGGGAAAUCAUGAAGGAUGAGUUGAUUGAACUUUGGAUGGCAGAAGGGUUUCUUCAACCUAGCCGAAGAUAUGAUAUGGAGUCUAUUGGCAAUAUCUUUUUCAAUGUGCUUCUGCAAAACUCUUUGUUGCAAGCUGGAGAGGCAGAUUAUUAUGGAAGGGUAUGUUGUGUGAUGCAUGAUCUUGUGCAUGACCUUGCCUCUUCCGUUUCAUCUAAUAAUAAUGCAGACGGCAGCACCCUAGUUCGAUACAUGUUUCACGAAAAAGAAUCAAGUCGUAUUCCAGAAGAAGUGUCGAGGAAUCUACGUACCUUACUCUUGAGAGGUGGAAAUUCUGGUAUCAUAUUCUCUAACUUCAAAUGUCUGCAUAAUCUAACUCUUUUUGGUAAUAAUUAUAAAGAGUUGCCUAGUUCAAUUAGGGAGUUGAUACAUUUGAGAAAUCUCAAUAUUUCUCAUACAUCAAUUGUAAACAUUUCAGAGUGGAUUGGUGAACUCCAUCACUUGCAAACAUUAAGAUUAGAAUUAUGGGAACUAGAGAAACUGCCAAACACAAUAAAGUACUUGAUUAAUUUAAGGCAUCUUUGGCUAGCGCCGUACACAGAUUUACCUGUAGAGAUUGGGAGAUUAACUAGUCUUCAAACACUUGAGUACUUUAAAGUGGGUGAAGAGAAGGGUUACCGAAUUGAAGAGCUCGGAAAUUUGAAAAAUCUCAAAGGAUCACUAGAGAUUGGGCAUCUUGAAAGGGUGGGUGACAAGGAAGAGGCUAUGAAAGCAAAUUUGUUGGAUAAGUCAAACCUGUCUAAAUUGGUUUUUAGUUGGGAUGGCGAGAGAAGUGAUCGUGAAAGAAAUGAUGAGAGUGUAUUGGAAGGACUCCAACCUCAUGCAAACUUGAAAGUGUUGGGGAUUUCAGGAUUUAAAGGCAAAAGAUUUCCAACAUGGUGUGAGAAGAUGGCAGUACGGGAUGGGCUUCAGGGCUCUUGGGUAACACUUGACAACUUGACUAGGAUAACACUUGACGGGUGCUCAGAAUGUGAGGAAAUUCCAAUGCUUGAGCACUUGCCUAAUCUGAAAACGCUUAAUUUGUUUGGAUUGAAGAAAGCAAGAUUCAUAAAUUCCUCAUUCAAUAAUUUAAGGAAUCUAGGAAUAUCUGAUUUGAAAAGUCUGCCAAAACAAUUAUUCUGUAACAAUCAGAAUCUCUCAAUAUUAUGGAUUCACAACUGCUCUGCAUUGAAAGAAUUGCCGGAGGGUCUGGACAUCCUCAAUUCCCUGGAGGAGUUGACUAUAUCAGACUGUAAAAAUCUAAAGUCAAUUGGGAAUCCAAGUGGCUUUAGAAAAUAUCAAGGAGUCCUCCGUGUGCUGGAAAUCGAAGGGUGCGGAGAGCUGGAGGAAUUUCCACAUCAAAUUCUAGAGUCAUCCGCACCCACAAUCGAGACACUCGUACUGGAAGAGUUAAGGAGCCUAAAGAAUCUACCAAUGCUAAUUGACUGCCUCGCUAAAUCCUCUCCACGCCUCGAAUUUUUGAAAAUAACAGGUGUUCCUAAUUUCAUGGCUAGUGGUACUAUUGAGAGUUGGAGUUUUGGCAGGUUGAAGGAAUUAAGGAUAGAUGUGAGUGUAAAGUGGUCGAGAGAGACAAGUCUCGGCAUUAUAGAGACGGUGGAUGGCAUAUUGCAAGGAUGCUGCAAUUCACUUACUGACUUAUACUUUAAGGGGAUUGAACACUGGGAGUGGGUGCCUCAAUCAAUUCAACUGCUCACUUCUCUUGAUAGCUUGAAGUUAGAAAAUGUAGGAGGAGAAGAAUUGCCCCAGUGGCUGGGGAACCUUUCAUCUCUAAGGGAGUUACACCUAUAUGGUUGGAACAGGUUGAGGUGUCUGCCCUCUGUGGCUGCGCGCCUCACUAAAUUAGAAUUCUUACAAACUAUUGGUUGCCCGGAACUGCACAUUGAUCAGGAGUGGCGCAACCUACGCAAUCUGAAAAUCAGUGCCUGAAAUUCCCCUGGAUGACGAAGCAAGUAAGUAUAAUUUUCCAAGCUAUGUUGAAAUGGAGUAGUAUAAUUUAUUCAGUGUUGGAACAUGUUUAGAUGUUUUUGAACUCAUAAAUAAAUAUGCUAUUUUUUCUUUCUAGGUAGAAAGCAAG